AUGAUCAUCCCAAUAACCCUCUCCACAGACGGCAUUUGCAACCCAAAGUUACCGCACGGUCUCGCCAAGAUCGCAAACGAUGAGAUCGUCCUGGUCGAGUUGCAAGGCUCGCUCGACGUAGAAGCAAAGCAUCCAUCAGAGCGUAAUGGCAAGCUUGUAGGGAAACUUAGCAUUGAUGAGGGCUCGAACAAGCCUACGUUAAGAAUUGGCCAUCAUCUCUUGGAAGGCAAAAUCGCGACGAUCAACAAGCCACUCGCCAUCUUGCAUCGUUCACAUGCCAAUGCUUCUACUAGCACGGGUGCGAUGGCUGUGGACGAGGAAGAAAGCCAGGUAGGAGAAUCGCAGACUGGCGACGUUGCUCCCUGGGUGAUCCUCGGGGUCGUCAGGAAGAAGAUCGUCUUCUCGAAGAGACCUAUGCCACUCGCAAAGCCCAAGUAG